UUCUCACAUACACGCUGAGAAAGAGCUUCUAGUUAAAAACAUUACUCAAUGCACAAACUUUAGUUUGAUCAUGAAAGUCAGUGUAAUAGCCUUUGUAGCAGGACUUAUCGGAGCUAUUGGGCUACUCCUGUUUUUGGUGGCAUUUGGGACGGAUUACUGGCUCUUAGCAACAGAGAAUUGUGAAGUGUAUGAACACCACGCCAAGAAUGCUAAGUCCAGGCCUAUAGAUGCCACACUGAGUGGGCAAGCAUUCGAAGGAAAUGAUGAAUUCGCCAUCACAUUUCACCAUGAGGGCUUCAUUUGGCGUUGCUGGUUCAGUGAAGGGAUUUCCCAUGAUAGUAUCUGGAAUUUCUGGUUCACAAACCAACCCCCAUCCAAGUACUGUGUCCAUGGCUAUCUUUUCCCUUUUCCAAUCGCAAUGGGACCUAUAUCCUCAUAUGACAGUACUGCUGUGUAUCGAGGUUUCUGGACGGCAUUUAUAAUACUGGGUGUGGCUGCUGCAAUUGUGGGAGGAUUUCUGCUCGUUUGUGCAGUGCCAUUUGUUAAUGCCAAACUCUACAAAUUAGGAGGUGGAUUCCUUUUGGCUUCUGGAAUUUUAUUUUCCAUCCUGAUAUUUCUGUUUGUGAUAUGGAAGGAACUUGUUGUGGAUUUGGAAAGAUACAUACUGCUGGAGAGAAGGAACAGCUGCAUGGAUAUCCUAGUCCAUGUGCAAUACGGAUGGUCCUUCAUGUUUGCAGCUGCGGGGAUUCCUUUGGCCCUACUUGCUGGUCUGCUAUUCUACCUAACUGGCCACACCAUUGAAGCCCAUAACAAAUAAGAGAUGGACACUGGUGACUGGAGCUGCUAGCUCUUCUGUGGUGCUCGACUAUGUUCAGUGAGAAAAUCAAAGCUAGUCUUCAAUGUUCCAACAGAUUUGAAAUUAUUAUAAUGUCUAUCUUGUUUUGAGAUUCAUAGAGAGGUGAAUUUUCAGAAAAUAUUUUGUUGUGGUUUGAUGACACUUUAGAAUAUCGGAAUUUGUUUUGAUGGCACUGAGUGUGCUGAGGAGCAGCUUCUGGCCUAGACUGCAAUUAAUCAUUUUAGCAAAUAAACACUUCACACAUUCA